GUCUGCAGAGUGGUCAUAAAAAUGAAAUCUUUGCAUUUAUUUUUCCUUGUAAUGUUGGUCUGCAAUGUUCCACCGGGGUUUCCUUCUGCGGACAACUCAACUUUUAACUCGUCAUCCUUCAAAGAAUUGCUUAUCUCAUCUCUUCAAGAAAGCCUUCAAAUGGUCGACAACACCUUACAUCACUCUAAACAAAGAUGGAGAACACCACCACACUCCAGGCAUGGCUUCAGGUUUCAUUUUCAAACAGAGUCUGGGUCUCAGGAGAUUUCCCGAGCAGGGGAGGUUUUUCACACUGCCCUGCAAGUCCUGAAAAACAGAGCAAAGCAGAAAUAUAAAAGGAAUUUCACAGCAUCAGAGUUGUUGUCAUGGGAAAACGUGGAGCUGCUUGCAGAGCUGUCUCAGUGUCCAAGUGAAACAAAUCCAGCCGUCUGUGAAGGGAGUCAUCACAGCAAAUAUCGCACAAUAUCAGGAGUUUGCAACAACAGACAAAAUCCUGGCUGGGGAUCAGCCAACACCGCCUUGGUCAGAUGGCUUCCAGCUGAAUAUGAAGAUGGAGAGGGGGAACCCAAGGGCUGGAACCGAGAAUGGCUCCAUAAUGGAUUCCAACUUCCCCCGCCUCGGAGCGUCAGCAGGGAAAUAAUAAGGAGCUCCUGUAAAUGGACAGAUGAUGACUACUCUCAGCUGCUGGUGGACUGGGGACAGUACAUUGAUCAUGAUGUAACCUUCACACCCCAAAGCAUCAGCAGCGCUGCUUUCUGGACGGAUGUGGACUGCCAGAAGUCGUGUGAAAACGUGCUUCCUUGCUUCCCCAUUCAGACUGAGGAUUCACACUGCAUGCCUUUUCACCGCUCCUCACCGGACUGCUACAUCAGGUCUGGGUCUGACAUACAGCAAGCUCUGCAGCGACAACAGCUGAAUGCCAUCACAUCAUACAUUGAUGCUUCUCUCGUCUACGGCCACACUCCACAACUCCAGAGCACCCUUCGUGACCUCUCUGGCCUCAAUGGAAAACUUGCCAUCAACGACCAAUUCAAGGACCCACACGGAAGACCUUAUCUUCCCUUCGUAGCUAAAACACCAUCAGCCUGCCGCACAGAUCCCCAGGGAGAGAGAGUGGAGUGUUUCCGGGCUGGAGACAGUCGGGUCAAUGAGGAUCUCACUCUGAUUGCUUUGCAUACACUGUGGCUGAGGGAGCACAAUCGAAUUGGGGAGAUUCUGAAGUUCAUAAAUGACCACUGGAGCCCCAUGGUUGUCUACCAAGAAACUCGCAAGAUCAUUGGAGCCCUGCACCAGAUAAUAACAAUGAGAGAUUAUGUCCCAAAAAUAAUUGGUCUGCAGUCGUUUGAAGAUUACAUUGGACCCUACGGGGGAUAUGAUCCGACUGUGGAUGCCUCAGCCUCCAAUGUGUUUGCCACUGCUGCGUUCAGGUUUGGUCACGGCACCAUAUCUCCAAUCCUCAGCAGGCUAAACGAGAGCUUCCAGGAACAUGAGCACUUUCCCCACCUGAGACUCCACAAGUCUUUCUUCAGUCCUUGGAGGAUAGUUAAAGAAGGUGGCAUUGAACCAACAAUUAGGGGUAUGAUUGGGACAGCAGCACCAGCUGCUGGUCCAAACACCCUGUUAGCGGAGGAGGUAACUGAGAUACUGCUUGUUCUGGAUUCCCAACAGCACAUGGAUCUGGCUUCACUGAACCUGCAGAGGGGACGAGACCAUGGACUCCCAGGAUACAACAAGUGGCGGGAAUUCUGUGGAUUGGAACGUGUUACAACAGUGGAUGAUCUCGCAGAAGUUGUGAGAGAUCGCAGGGUUGCUGAGAAGAUACUUCAUUUAUACAAACAUCCUAACAACAUCGAUGUGUGGCUCGGAGGACUUGUAGAGAACUUCCUGCCUGGUUCGAGAACUGGUCCGCUAUUUGCUUGUCUGAUCGGAAAGCAAAUGAAGUUUCUCCGUGAUGGUGAUAGGUUUUGGUGGGAAGCCGAAGGUGUUUUUACAAAACAACAGAAGGAGGAGCUUUUAAAAUCUUCUCUCUCUCAGAUCAUUUGUGACAACACAGACAUACAGGAAAUCCCUAAAGAUUCCCUCAGGUUUGGUCAGUAUCCUGCAGGUUAUGUUCACUGCAGUGAUCUACCAUCUAUGAGUCUGGAUGCUUGGAGAGAGGAGAAAAGCCACGACCUACAACUGUGUGGCUCUCCAAAACGCAUAAAGAAUGGAGAUUUUAUAUUUUCCUCCAAAUCGGGUAAACUGACUGCUCUGUACUCCUGUUACCAUGGUUUCAAAUUAAAGGGCGCAGCUGAAAUAGUUUGUGAAGGAAAUCGGUGGAAACAUGAACCCCCUCAGUGCACAGGAGAGGAGCUUGGAUAAUUUUCCAGAUCCUGGCAAAAUGAUGAUACACCCCAAUGACCUGUAUCUUGGAUCCACAGUUGUUUAGAAAUGACAGUAAAAACGGCUCUUCUUAGAAUUUCCUUGACUUUCUGAUUGUUCUAAAUAUUAGUGAAUCUAAUGAAUGCUGUCAAAUGCACCAUUUUGUUUUUGCUAGAAACCUACCAGCUGCACUCAGAUGCCUAACUUUGGCCAUGUCAACUUAGGACAUACUAGAACCUUAAGCACAGAUUUACCUGAAUGUAUGCACAGAUUUGAGGCUGUGUUGAUGAGCUUCAUCUCUUGGGGAUCCAGAAAAAGCCACAAUAAAUGCAAACCUUUUCCCCCUCUUCAUGUUUUUAAAAAUCCAUACAGUUUUAUGUUGUAAAAUCUUUCAAUCUUGGAAAAAUUAAAAGCUCAAAACUAAGAUGUCACUUAUAUCAGUGACAAGUUGAUGUAAAUAUUUAACUGCAACAAUCAGCUAUGAUGUUAAAAAGAAAGUACUACCUUUAAAUUCUUUGGUUUUAUAUUUUUUGGAGUGUACUUAAUUUUUCACACUUCUAUUUUAGCUUUAUCAUUGUUUAUUAAUGAAACACAGGAAUCUGUUUGUUUGCAUUUUAAUGUUUGGAAAUGUUUAGCGUUUUUGUUUGGGUCAGAGCUCAGAGAGAAUAGUUAGAAGCAUGGAUGUCAUCACUGUGGAGAAGAAAACCACAGGUAGUUUCUCUAACAUGUCAGAGGAACACAAAAUGAAUCAGUUCUUUGUUUGUUUUCACAUAACCUCCCCUGAUUUGUUAACAAUGCUGCAGAUCCAGAAAUGUUUCAUAUUAAAACCAAAAGGAUAAAAACAUACUGCUACAAGGGC